AUGAGCUCCUUGCCAGCUGCUGCUGCUGGAAUGAUAGCUGCAGACACUGAAGAUUUUGAAAUGAUUUCCCAUAUUCCAUUCCUUACUAAAUAUAAGCAUGAUACAACCAAGGAUUGUAUUAUGUUGAAGAUUAUUCGUGUUCUUCCCCCUGCUGUUCCUAGCAGUCAAGUGAAAGCAAACUCCUCAACAUGGGAGGUAUCGGGUGAGACAUUAAACAACAUUGACCAUGAAGCAAUGGUUGUUGACCCUGCACUUGUAUUAACCAUCCAGGUUAUGUUGACUGACUUUGGGGUAGCAAAGAAAUUUGAUGAAAGCACAAGGUUAAAUUCCAUGUGUCGGACAUUAGAAUAUAUGACACCUGAAAUUGUACAAGGGAGGGGCCAUGAUAAGGCCGCUGAUUGGUGGAGUGUUGGAAUUUUAAUGUAUGAAAUGCUUUCUAGAAAGCCUUCGUUUAGAGGUGGAAACAGACAGAAGAUUCAGGAGAAAAUAGUGAAGGACAAGAUAAAGCUUCCAGGAUUCUUGUCAAGUGAAGCACAUUCGCUUUUGAAAGGGAAUUUCCCUGGUGCUCCAACAUUUUUGCCAGGUAAACCCAUCUGGCCAGACCUCUGCAUUGCCUCCUACAAGGUAGAUCACACUUGGUUGGCUAAACGUUAUUUUGUAUGCUUUCAAACUUGUCUUCUUCCUGAAUUCUUUUUCUUUCUAUCAUGGCAACCUUCAACAGUAGUUUGGGAUUGGCACCUUCUUACAAAAGAUAUCGUGUACGUGUUCUUCUACUGCUAUUGUGGAUUCGGGAACAUCCUUGCUUAUUGGUCCAACUGUAUGUAUCUCACGUGA